AAAAAAAAAAUAAAAUAAUAAAAUAAAAUUUCCACCGUCAUUCCUGAACUGACAAAUCCAGAAUUAAUACUCCAUUUAAAUCUCCUUUAUUUUUUCUUCCAAUUUCCUCAUUUCUUCAUUCCACUAUAUUUGAUAAAUUUAGAUCACACUCAUAGUAGAUACUACACUCAACUCUCUCAUCACUUACUCAAUUCCACGCAAAAUUCCCCAAAUUCCAAAACCCUAUUUUCCCAUUCCCCCAAAACAAUGCUAAUUUAACCAUCAGAUCUAUAAUAUGGGACAUUUGAAUCUACAAUCAUCAAAAAAGCAAGGAAAACAAUGGAAACUUUUAGAUUUAGUAACCGCCUUCUUCUUUGGAAUCGUAAUCCUCUUUUUUCUUCUUGUUUUCACCCCUUUAGGUGACUCGCUUGCUGCUUCGGGUCGUCAAACAUUGCUCCGAACUUCCGCUUCGGAUCCGAGACAACGUAAGAAGUUUAUUGUUGCUUUAGAGGAAAAAAGUAGUAUCGGUGGCGGGCAAUUGAUCGAUUUCUGCCCGGCGGAGUUUGUUGAUUAUAUGCCGUGUGAAGAUCCGAAGAGGAAUAGUAUGUUGAGUAGGGAGAUGAACUUUUAUCGUGAAAGACAUUGCCCGAAACCUGAAGAUUCUCCUCUUUGUUUGAUUCCUCCUCCUAAGGGUUAUAAAGUUCCUGUUCAGUGGCCUCAGAGCUUGCAUAAGAUUUGGCACUCAAAUAUGCCAUACAAUAAGAUUGCUGAUAGGAAAGGCCAUCAAGGAUGGAUGAAAAGAGAAGGCGAAUACUUUAUUUUCCCUGGUGGGGGGACAAUGUUUCCUGAUGGAGCUGUACAAUAUAUAGAAAAGCUUGGGCAGUAUAUUCCCAUUACCGAUGGAGUCUUGAGGACUGCUCUUGACAUGGGCUGCGGGGUUGCUAGUUUUGGGGGUUACCUUCUGAAACAAAAUAUUAUGACCCUCUCAUUUGCUCCAAGAGAUUCUCAUAAAGCUCAAAUUCAAUUCGCCUUGGAAAGAGGGGUCCCAGCAUUUGUUGCCAUGCUCGGGACCCGUAGACUCCCAUUUUCUGCCUUCUCAUUUGACUUGGUGCACUGUUCAAGAUGUUUAAUCCCGUUUACUGCCUAUAACGCAUCGUAUUUUAUUGAAGUGGAUCGCUUACUGCGCCCAGGGGGUUAUGCUGUGAUAUCUGGCCCUCCUGUGCAGUGGGCCAACCAAGACAAAGAGUGGGCUGACCUUCAGGCUGUUGCGAGGUCAUUGUGUUAUGAGCUAAUUGCUGUUGAUGGGAACACAGUCAUCUGGAAGAAACCUACGGGAGAUGCAUGCUUCCCCAAUCAGAAUGAAUUUGAGAUAACUAUAUGUGAUGAGUCUGAUGAUCCAAGUUCUGCAUGGUACUUCAAAUUGAAGACAUGUGUGAGCAGAACUUCGUCCGUGAAAGGUGAUAUUAGUGUUGGGGCAAUACCCAAAUGGCCAAAGAGGCUGACAAAAGCUCCUACACGAGCUACUCAAAUUAAAAACGGGUUAGAUGUAUUUGAAGCUGAUGCUAGAAGGUGGGCAAGGAGAGUUUCUUAUUACAAGACUUCCUUGAACUUGAAGCUUGGGACAUCCACUGUACGCAAUGUGAUGGAUAUGAAUGCAUUUUUUGGAGGUUUUGCUGCUGCUCUUGUAUCUGACCCGGUGUGGGUAAUGAAUGUAGUGCCUCCAUACAAACCUUCAACAUUAGACGUGAUUUUUGACAGAGGCCUGAUAGGUGUCUAUCAUGAUUGGUGUGAGCCUUUUUCAACGUAUCCUCGUACAUAUGAUUUUCUCCAUGUAUCUGGCAUAGAGUCUUUAACAAAAGAUUCGGCUUCAGGCAAGCAGAGAUGUCAUUUCGUAGAUGUGAUGGUAGAGAUGGAUCGGAUACUACGGCCAGAGGGAACGGUGGUGGUGAGAGAUUCACCAGAAGUAAUCGACAAAGUAAAUCGUGUUGCUCAUGCUAUAAGAUGGACUACCUCCAUCCAUGAAAAGGAGCCUGAAUCGAAUGGCAGAGAGAAAAUUCUUGUGGCAACCAAAACGUCUUGGAAGGCCGUACUUUGAUAUGAUUGUAGCAAUUAGAAAACUAGUACACGUAAUGUAAUUGUAACAAUUUUUUGGGGAUAUUAUGCUUCGUUAUAUAUUUAUUUAUGAUCUAUAUAUCGAAUGCCAUACUUGAAAUUCAUAUGCUUAAAGUCGAAGGUACACAACUAGUCCUUGUGGCUGUAAAUCUAUAAGUAAGCCUGUGGUGGUAUGUCGAGGUCCUGGAACAUGUUAAUGAGGUGUUCCUUGGAUAGGCUAAGAAAGCUUAUGAUGUUAUCAAUUACAUGGAAAUCCUUUGACAUGGAUUUCUUGUGACUUAUUUUUUGGAUUCUUGCAGUCUGCUUGAACCGGUUUUAUUAUUUUUUGCAUG